AUGAGGGCUGCGCUUCCCUGGAACAAUGCAGAUCACAAAGAUGUGAGAGAUGAGGAGAAGGCAUUCUCUGGUAGAGACCUGUGGGUUCUUGUUCUGGGAAGGUUUCCAACCCAACAUACCAUUGGCAUACCAGAAUUCAAGUAUAUUGCUAAUAUGCAUGGGGAUGAGACAGUUGGCAGGGAGCUGCUGCUCCAUUUGAUAGACUUCCUGGUGACCAAUGAUAAGAGUGAUCCAGUUGUUACAAGGCUAAUCAAUAGCACACGGAUUCAUAUCAUGCCAUCAAUGAACCCGGAUGGAUUUGAAGCUACAACAACGCAUGAUUGUUAUUACUCAGAAGGAAGGUUCAAUAAGAAUGGGGAAGAUCUGAAUAGGAAUUUCCCUGAUGUUUUCAACAGUAACAAUGUCACAAUCCAGCCAGAGACUCAAGCAGUGAUAAAUUGGAUACAAAAUGAGACAUUUGUUCUUUCAGCUAACUUGCAUGGUGGAGCACUGAUUGCCAGUUAUACAUUUGAUAACGGUAACCCAGCUACUGGCUCUUUACAAGGCUAUAGCAGAUCACGAGAUGAUGAUGUUUUCAUACACCUUGCAAAAACCUACUCCUCCAACCAUGCCAGCAUGUACAAAGGGAAUGAAUGUGGGAAUAAACCAGUCUUUCCAUAUGGCAUUACUAAUGGGUAUGCCUGGUACCAACUGCAAGGUGGGAUGCAGGAUUACAACUACAUCUGGGGACAAUGUUUUGAAAUUACUUUGGAGUUGUCAUGCUGUAAAUAUCCACCAGCAAGUCAACUUCAGGACUUCUGGAAUGACAACAAAGCUGCUUUGAUUGAAUACAUUAAACAAGUUCAUCUCGGCUACAGCACCUGGAUCUGGAUCAAUAUUAAAGACACUGCUAGUACCAAAUGGUCCUGAAAACUUCAGUGCUUUGAAAUAUGAC